GGAGCAUCACAUCUUCAGUGAAGCUCCUCCCACUGCAGUUCAUCAAUAAAUGCUGGAAUAUUUCCAUCAGUCUACAAGUGAAGACGAGCAUCAGAGCAUCAGGAAGAAGUGAAAUCUGCAGAGACAGAGUUUAUUGAAGAACAGAGAGAACAUGAGAGAUCCAGAACCCUGCAGAAUCAAACACACUGAAGAACAAACAGCCCUGCUGGAGGAGAGUGAAGAGCAGAAAUAUUAUGAUGUCAAAAGUAGAGAAAAAACUUGCUCACAGACUGAAUCAGUUUCUUUACUGAAAAGUAGAGUCAAGAAAAGUUUCAUCUGCACUCAGUGUGGAAAGAGUUUGAUGAGCAAACAGAGUCUCACGUUUCACACGAGGGUCCACACUGGAGAGAAACCAUACACAUGUGAUCAGUGUGGGAAGAGUUUCACAUGCAAACGGAGUAUCAGUGUGCACAUGAGGAUCCACACUGGAGAGAAACCAUUCACAUGUGAUCAGUGUGGAAAGCGUUUCACAUGCAAACGGAGUAUCAGUGUUCACAUGAGGAUCCACACUAGAGAGAAACCGUUCACAUGUGAUCAGUGCGGGAAGAGUUUCACACAAUCAUCAAACCUUAAGAACCACAUGACCAUCCACACUGAAGAGAAACUGCACCCAUGUGAUCAAUGCGGAAAAACAUUUUCGAGGGCUUCAAGCCUGAAGGAUCACAUGAAAGUACAUUCAAAGGAGAAACCACAUUCCUGUUCUUUCUGUGCAAAGAGUUUUUCACAAGUGCAGUAUUUAAAAUACCAUCAGAAGAGACACACUGGUGUGAGAGAAUAUAUGUGCUUUGAGUGUGAGAAGAUUUUUAUUACGGAUACAGAAUUGAAGCAGCACCAGAGGAUCCACACUGGAGAGAAACCUUACAAGUGUUCACAGUGCGACAAGACAUUCAGUCGGAUAGAACAUCUGAAAUUCCAUGAGAGGAUCCACACUGGAGAGAAACCUUACAAGUGUUCACACUGCGACAAGACAUUCAGCCGGUCAGAUACCCUGAAAAGACAUGAGAGGACUCACACUGUAGAAAAAACAUAUCCCACACAUGUGGGAAGAGUUUCAGUCAUUCAUCAGCUUUAUUGAAUCAUACAAACAACAAUCACAAGUCUUCCGGCAGGACGCGUUGCAGGCACCAUACCACACAGUGAUGCAACUAGUCAGGAUGCCCACGAUGGUGCCUCUGUAGAAGUUGCACAUGAUGGGGGCGGGGGCUCUGGCUCUACUCAGUUUGCGGAGGAAGUAGAGAUGCUGGUAUGCUUUCUUGGCCAGUGCUACAGUGUUGUCGGUCCAGGAGAGGUCCUCUGUGAUGUGCACACCCAGGAACUUGGUGCUGCUAAAUCUCUCCACCGUCGCACCGUUGAUGGUCAGAGGAGCAUACUGAGUGUGCACUCUCCUGAAGUCAACAACAAUCUCCUUCGUCUUCUCCACAUUCAGAGAGAGAUUGUUGCCACUGUACCACCCGGCUCACUUUGCUCCAACAGUUUGUCUCAUCUCUGAUGCUGAUGAGACCCACUACGGUUGUGUCAUCCGCAAACUUAAUGAAGAGGUUGGAGUUGUGUGACGGUGUGCAGUCGUGGCUCAGCAGAGUGAAGAGGAGGGGGCUCAGCACACAUCCUUGGGGGUCCCCAGUGUUCAGUGUGAUGGUGCUGGAUGUGUUACUGCCGUCCCGUACUGUCUGAGGUCUACAAGUCAUAAAAUUUAACAGCCAGUGUCACAGCGAAGUGUUGAGCCCCAGCUGGACCAGUUUGUGGAUGAUACCAUUAGAGCUAAUUUGUUUCUGGACCAUUAGAGCUAACGUUAGCAUCAAGCGACAUAACAAUUUAUGACAUUAUUAGUACACUUUUACUCAAAACUCACUUUAAAAACUCCAUUGAGUGUUUGUAAUAACCUCCUUUGCAAUCUCAUGUGGAAUCUGGUUGGUUUACUGUUGUUGAAAUAUGCUAUUUAUAGCCUUUCAUAUCACUGCUCAAAUUAGCAUUUCAGAUUCAAAUUUUUUCUAUUGUUAUUAAAAUACCCCAAAUCUCAAGAAAAUCACAUACAAACCACAUACUAUCAUAAUUGUGUGUUUAUUAUUUGGAUAUUUUGUGAGUAAAGACAUUU